UUCCUUUAAACACGACCUUUGGCGAAUCAGUGUGCUAAAUUACGUUCUGUCAACAGUAUGCAAAGUGUUUUCCAAAUUAUCACACUGGCGGGCUCCAUGCAAAUGUAAGUUCUUUUCCCACAAGGAUCGUGGUGGAGAGUAAUAUUCUUGAACAAUUCGAAAGUCAGUCCUACCCGAGGGCAGCACGCUGCUAAAUUGUAACUGACAAGCACGCCAGGUAAUUCCGAAGGAGCGUGUUCGGAGUGAGGGUGUCCGAGCAGCGGGGCAGUUCCGGGAUUGGCUCGGCGGCAGCCUGAUUGACUGAGUCUGCGGGCAGAGGCGUGUUCCGGCGGGGUGCUCGAUUAGUGGCGCUCGAGGAUUUGGGACUAAAGCAAGUACUGUCUUAGUUACAGAAAACAGGUGGAAAAUGUUAAGGAAAAUAAAAAUCUGGAACAUGGACACGUCAUUUACACCAUCAAACCUAUUUAGCAAUUCUGUGAGGACUUAAUUAUGGCGGGAAGUGAACAAUCGGAGGCACAGGAGGAGUUACUCUUUAGUUUUGAAAAUGGAGAUAAGUACACAAAUCCAACUGAAGUGAAGAUGAGUCAGUUCAUCUUGCCCUGCCAUGCCAAUCACCGUGGAGAACUGAUCGUAGGCCAGUUACUGAAGUGGGUGGACACAACGGCCUGUCUUUCUGCGGAAAGACAUGCAAAUUGCCCGUGUGUUACUGCCUCAAUGGAUGAUAUUGACUUUGAGUAUACCCUCAGAGUUGGACAAGUAGUGAACAUCAAAGCAAAAGUGAAUCGUGCGUUUACCACAAGCCUGGAGGUUGGAAUUAAUAUUAUUUGUGAAGAACCGUUGAGUGGAAAGCAGUGGAAAGUGUGCAAUGCAUUUGCUACCUUCGUAGCCAAGGGACAAGGACCUGGAAAGGUGCAGCUGAAGCCCAUCGUUCCGAGAACCCCCGAGGAGAAGAUUGAGUACAGUAUUGCUGUUGAGCGUCGCCGAAUGAGGCUGCACCACCUGGAAACCAUCAAAGAUCUGGUCUCUUCCAGCACAAUUCAAAAAGAGCCAGACUUUGAAGAGUCCCAGCAUGUUGUGCCAGCAGAGAAGACCAGGGUUGAGACUGUUGAGCUUGUCUUACCACCUCAUGCAAAUCAUCAGGGUAACACUUUUGGAGGACAGAUCAUGGCUUGGAUGGAGAGUGCGGCUACAAUUUCUGCAAGCCGUUUCUGCAAAGGACAUCCAGUGCUGAAGACCAUUGACAUGUUUCACUUCAGGGGUCCCUCGCAAGUUGGAGACCGUAUAACCUUAAAGGCUAUAGUUAACAACGCAUUUAAAAAAAGCUUUGAAGUUGGUGUCUGUGCAGAGGCUUACCAUCAUGAAGGCUGGGUUCAGAAGACACACAUCAACAGUGCAUUCAUGACCUUUGUGGUGCCUGAUGAGGAUGGCCAGCUCAGCACGUUCCCCUGUGUCAGGCCAGAACCAGGGGAUGGAGAAAGAAGGUACCGUGAAGCAAGUGCACGGAAGAAAAUCCGACUUGACAGAAAAUAUAUCAUUUCAUGUAAACAAACUGAAGUACCACUGUCUGUUCCCUGGGACCCCAGCAACCAGGUUUACCUCAGCUAUAAUAAUGUCUCUGCACUAAAAACCCUGGCUGCAAAACAAAACUGGGUACUAAACUGCACACGGAAGAAGGCAAAACUUUUUACGCUCGAAGAAGAUCAGUUACUAUUCUUCAAAGCAGAAAUAACUGUUUCUGUAAAUGUCAAGCAAGUUUUCCUCCUGCUUUCUGAUAUGAGCCGUCGACAUGAGUGGGACACUCACUACCAGAAAUUUAAAUUGAUACAAAAAGUGGAUGAGGAUGAUGUCAUCUAUCAUGUGAUCUCUCCUUCUGUCAACAAGGCUGGCAACUUUCAGGAUUUUGUUCUACUGGCAUCUCGGAGAGUGCCAUGUGCUGAUGGGGACCCUUAUCUGAUAGCCCUCCGAUCGGUAAGUCUUCCUGCAGCACCGCCAACUGAGGACCUUGAUAGGGGCGAAAUAUCCUGUGCUGGGUUUAAACUUUGUCAGAAAGGAGAGGCAUGCACCAAUAUUGCCUAUUACAUCCAAGCAACCCCUCAAGUACUCCCUUACUUCACUCCUGACAUCACUGGAUUGUCUUCAGAUGUAUGCAAAAUUGUUGAGGCUUGUAAUGAAUUUCUUGAACAAAAUAAGGAUACCAUCCAUCCAUUUGGCAAUGUGACAUUGGGUGGGACUUGACAUAAAUCUUCAUCAUGUUUCGCUGUCCCACUGGCUUUGGUGCUCAUGAAAAGAAGGUUUUUAGAUAAAAUAAAAUAAGGCAAAAUUUCAGUUGUGAACAAAUAGCACUGCAAAUUCCAGUUAAGUACAUGAUCUUUGAAAUCAGCAGAGUGCAUUGCAUUUGUGUGUUUGUAUUGUUUCAAGAGAGGCUUAUUGAGAGUUAACAGUGGUGGAGAAACACUGUGGCCCUUGGUCACUGCCUUGUAAUUGUUUAGAGCUGAGUUUGCUGCCAUUAGCUUCUGUGUAUUAAUUUUUGUAUAUAAAAACAUAAUAGGUACAGCAGUUUUUUUGCAAACUGCCAAAUUUAAUCCAUAUUUUUACAGUAAUUUUGAUAAGAUUUUACUAGAAAAAUGCUUGCAUGAGGAUUUUAAAAGAAGAGUAUUUCUGAUUUUUAACCUUUUUAAAGAAAAGUUUUUCUGUUGAUGAUCAUAUUACUGAGCGAUUGUCACCAACAGUCCAUUUUGUAUGCUUAUGAUAAGCUUUUAAUUAUUUGUAGGUGGCCAGUGAGCUUGCAGUGUAUCCUUGCUUUUGUAAACAAAAACACAAGCUAAUUUUCUAUUCAUUUUAGUUGAGAGUGUGGAUUUGUAAAGUUACAUUUUCAUUCCGGUGUACUUAAUCAUCAUUUCCUUUCAACAGCAUGCACACAAUGAUGGUGUUGACAAUACAAUUUCACAGAAAGGCAAAAUGCAAAACCGUGUAAUGCUGAAGAAAAGUUACCAUCUAAAUUGAUCAACACACACAAAAUGCUGGUGGAACGCAGCAGGCCAGGCAGCAUCUAUAGGGAGAAGCGCUGUCGACGUUUUGGGCCGAGACCCUGCAUCAGGUCUCAGCCUGAAACGUCGUCAGUGCUUCUCCCUAUUGAUGCUGCCUGGCCUGCUGUGUUCCACCAGCAUUUUGUAUGUGUUGCUUGAAUUUCCAGCAUCUGCAGAUUUCCUCGUGUUUGCAUCUAAAUUGAUCACAUUGCUUAGUGCAGGAGUUCAUUUUGGUGAUGAUGGAAUCUGUGAAUGAAUGUGUAUCAUUUUUAAAAUCUGGAGUAAAAUAUUUGACCUUAAUUGUAUAAUGUAUUGAUUAUUAAAAAUAUGAAAUCACUGCCUUUCUAAAACAGGAAUAAAUUGCAAAGGUCAAUUAUAAAAACAAAUCUCCUGUUUAAAAACAUAAAGAUGUUUAAAACAAGUUGAACACUAGGUGCUAUUUUGCAGCACUGACAAGUUGGUUGUUACGUGAGAAGUGACUGAAUAAAAAAUAAAAGACAACAUUGAAAUAAUGAAAUGUAAAUGCUCUUAAUUAUUUUUAUACUGCUAUAAGAACCUCCUGUGCAUUAUCAUUUUUGGAAGGUGUGCAUUUGGAAAAACGCCAAUUAGUUCUCUAUCAAUUCUUUGGUUUGAACCACUGGCUCAAUCAAUAAUUUGCAAUUUCAAUCAACAAUCAGGAAGAACCUCUGGUUUAAAAUCUGGAUUUGGAGACGAGAAGCUAUAUGGCUGAAGAGAGAAGAACUAUAGACAAUAGGUGCAGGAGUAGGCCAUUCAGCCCUUUGAGCCAGCACCGCCAUUCACUGUGAUCAUGGCUGAUCAUCCACAAUCAGUACCCCGUUCCUACCUUCUCCCCAUAUCCCUUGACUCCGCUAUCUUUAAGAGCUCUAACUCUUUCUUGAAAUUAUGUUGGCGUAAUUGUUUGGAAGUACCAUUUAGCAACUUUUAAGAACUCAACGGGGUCUCAAGGUACCCAGACACCUGCAGUGAAUAGCUUGUCACUAUUUCAUUUUAAGACCUUGGGUGUGAAAACUAGAUAGAUCUGGGGAGUUUGAGUUUGACAGUCCAGAUAGCUGCCAAUAGAUGAGGACAAAAGGACAAAGGGUUGGGAAGUACAGUGGAGGAAUAGAGUGUGGGUGGGUAUCAUGUUGGAGGAAGCUAGACUGGGUGAGUGGCGACACCAAGAUGGAGUUAAGCACAGAAGCUGAACCAUGUGUUUGAGAAGUUGGAAGGAGAAGGGUGACAGGCGACAGUCCAACGGAAUCACUAGAAAUCCCAAACGGUUGGAGAUUUUUAAUGAGCAGAGAUUUGCAGUGAAUGGGAGAUGAGUGGCCAUCUAGGUUGAUUUUGGAUUGGACACAUUGAAGAUGAAAAAGAAAAUGUGGCAAAUAACUGGGGUGGGAACAGUUCUGGGAGGCAUUCAAAAUGGAACUAGGUGGGUUUUUUAAAUCACGGAAACUGUUGAGAGCAGUUCAGAAACUAUUUAGCUUCUAAAAUGUUCUGAAUAUUUAAAAAAACUCUGGUCACUAUCUUAAAUAGCUUUGUGCAAUAUGACUUGGUGUUUGAACCAUGUGAUUGCUAUUAAUACAUCUGUUGGAUGUCAAGAACGAGAAGAACAUCACUUAUUAAAGUAUAAAUCCAGUAUUCUCUAAUACACUAGAUCCAGGAAAGGAGAGUGGGAGUGUUUACACUCUGCCCACCUGCAGUUUUUGGCAUGUUCUGUAGGAUAGAAUUUUUGGAGGAGGAGAGGCCAUUCAGUUAUUCCUGCUGCAAAUGAAAGUUCAUGACACUAUAUCUCUUUAUUUUAAUUUGUUGUCCAUCUGCAACUUGCAACAUCACAUGCUUCUUUACAUUGGCAACACAGCAGUGGGAACUGCGAGCGAUUUCAGACUCCUGGGAGAGCACAUCUUGCCCAGCCUCUCAUGGUCCCAGAACAUGUUCUACACAAUCAGGGAAGCUCACUAAUGCCUCUACUGGAGACAGCUGGACUAUGCCAAUGUCAUUCUUAGGUGCACAGUACAAAGCUGCUUGGUAUGGAAACUGCACCGUGAGACAGGAAGGGUAGUCAAAACUGUCCAAUGCAUCACCGGCAGCAGCCUACCCAUCAUCAAAGAUGUGUAUACAGAAAGCUGCUGGAAAACAUCAUUAAGGAUCCCACCUACCCUGUUCAUAGACUGUUUUACUCCCUGAUGGAAGUGGGACAGCUACAUAGCAUCCACGCCAGGGUCAGCGGACUCAAAAACAGUCACCUUUCCCAAAUAAUAAGGC